GAAAAACUCCAUUAAAAACCUCCAGGCUCUCCUCCAUGUUAGAAAUGAAAUGGAAAAUGGAGUGGAUUUAACAGGAAUCCCUGAAUCCUGCAGCCAAGCUGGAGGAAGGGAAACGCGAAUCAAAGCCGCAGGCUGCUGAUAUUUCUUAAGUCGCAAUAAAUACUGAGAACUCCUAAGCAGGAUGAAGAUUUCCUGACUCCGACAAAUGAGGAGGGACAGAUAGCUUUUUUAUGAUAUUUCUCUCUGUAUAUUUAAUUUAUUCACAUCGAUGAUUCUCUUUACUGAUCUGGUAAUUGUUAGAAGUGGCUGUGACAGCCUGGAAACAUUAGUAUGAUUUCCUGAGUUUGAGAUUUGCUGCCCCCCCCUCCAAACUCAGGAAAAGUCAAUACAAUCGCACUUCAUUUUUCCUUCAUGUGCACUUGAAAGUCCUGGGAGAAGCAAGAGCAGCGGCAGCAGCAGCAACAGCAAGAAUGAACUGCAAGGAAAAUGACAACUGCACUGACGGGAGCAGAAAUAACACGAAGAAGAUGUUAAAAUGUGUGGUGGUUGGGGAUGGUGCAGUUGGGAAAACCUGUUUGCUGAUGAGUUAUGCCAAUGAUGCCUUCCCAGAGGAGUAUGUCCCCACUGUGUUUGACCACUAUGCAGUAACUGUGACUGUGGGAGGACAACAACACUUGCUGGGACUUUAUGACACUGCAGGGCAGGAGGACUACAACCAGCUGAGACCCCUGUCCUACCCUAACACCGACGUCUUCUUGAUCUGCUUCUCGGUGGUGAACCCAGCCUCGUAUCACAAUGUCCAGGAGGAGUGGGUGCCUGAGCUGAAAGUCUGCAUGCCCAACGUGCCUUACGUCCUCAUAGGAACACAGAUUGAUCUUCGGGAUGAUCCCAAAACUUUGGCUCGGCUGCUUUACAUGAAGGAGAAACCACUCACCUACGAGCAUGGAGUGAAGCUAGCAAAGGAGAUUGGAGCACAAUGUUAUCUGGAGUGCUCAGCCCUCACACAGAAAGGCCUUAAGACUGUCUUCGAUGAAGCAAUCCUGACCAUUUUCCACCCCAAGAAGAAGAAGAAACAUUGUGCAAAGUGCCACAGGUGCUGCACCCUUGUGUGAAGUUGCUUGGAAAGAAAAGCAAGAUGAGUUCAAUGAAACAAAGCAGGUUAGAAAGGCAAUGAAGUUAACAUGCAACUGAAAUGGGGAACAUGACCAGAAAGGGGUCCUUCUUACCCAAAUAUAGGAGCCCUCUGUUCUGUGAAACCUCCAAGUUGAAUCACACUAGGCCAAUUCAUGUCUAUGUGCUUUUGUAACCCUCCAGAGUUGUAUGCAGCCUGCUCCCACUACUGCAGACUGCACUGAGCCAACAGAAACCAGGAUGCCUGCUCCUGCUUGACUCUUCAAUUUAAGAAUAAGGUGAAGGUGGCAUGUGGAAAAACAAAGUUCUAAAGGUGGUGAAAGAAACAAGAGAAACUCCAUUUCUGGCCUUAAGCAAGAAUCAAUCAGAAUUAGGAAUUUGCAGUACUUAGAGAUUGAAUCUGAAUUGACUGAAAGCACAUGGAGAUCUGUAAAAACCUAAUAUGUAAGAUAUACACUAUAGGUAGGAUGUACUUUUUAACUACUUUUCUUUUAUAAGACUCACUAGUUCAGGAUAUGUUUUAGUUUGUUCAAAACACAUGGAAGCAAAGGUGGAGUGAUUCCAGUUUGUUUUCACUUAAUGGUGAAACCUCACAGCAUCAGGACAUUGCUGCACCCAAGCUAUCAAAAUGGAUCAACAUUUACCUCCAGACUUAAGGAAUGUUCUUACAACAAAAAAAAUGCAAAUAACUGUAUUUUUAUAGGGGAAUGUUCAGGCUGAGCCAUGUUUCCAUAAGCUGGGAAAGGAAAAACAGAGUUGUAGCAUUAAUGUACUGAAACAAAGAAAGUCUACCACCAAAGAAUACAGCCCUGGACAUGAAAUAGCAGCAUGGAACAAUCUCCCUUCCAAACUGAGAACAUGAAUGAGACACAUUGCCAUGGCAACUGAAAAUUUACCUUAUAGAUCAGCUGGAUUUCUACAUCUCACCCCGCAGACAAGAAUAGCAAAAGCCAAAAAGCCAAAGGUCAUACUGACUUCAAGUGCUUUAAGGUGAUCCAAAUGCCUUAAGAUUUUUUUCUUUUAAUGGAGUAUCUCAUGUAAAAAAACCUAUCAGAGUGGAGUUGUAAACAUGUUCAUUUGUUGUAGCCUUCUUCCCCUCAUUCAUUACUUCCUCUUUGCUCACAUUUUUCCAUCUUCAUUACUGUGAGCGCUGUUUAAGUUGCAGCCCAGCUGCAGUCAGCAGGAGUGAACUUUCACAAAAGUCACAGGUGAUGGGCAGCAGCUGACAGCACAGAGAUGGGAUGUCCAGACCUUAAGGGUAAAGAAGCUGCCUGUUAGCUCUCUUUGCUAUUGAAGAAAGUGUGCCUUUUCAAUAAAGCCUCUUCAGGGAGGCUGUACAUACCACAGCAACACAGAUGCUCAGAGGUGAAAUUGACGAAUGUCUUGUUACUUGCAUCUGCCUUCAGGUACCCUGAAUUACCUGAAUGGUAAUACCAUGAGACUGUCUUGUUAUGGAUUCCAUUCCCCAAGCAGAAAACCACAGCGCCAGCAAAUACAGAUUUGAAAACCUCUGACGUAACUCUUUGCAAAAGCAGUGCCUGUAGAAGUGUACUGUAGUAGCCUGUAGAAGUGCUAUAGCAGUAAGCAAGUAACAGCAGUGCACCUUCCCAGCCUUGGGGCAUUCCCCCAUACCCCACUCCAGGGGACUGCCAGCCCACUCCUCUUCAGAAGCACAGUAGCAUGGCUGAGCAUACACAUACAACCAGAAGAACUCGUGUGAUUAGUGGUGAAUUAUAGACUUACUGUUACUUGGAGCAAUUAGUGACUUCAGCAGAACUGCGCCCUUGCCACAGAGAAGGGAACAAGCAUGAUGCAGUGCCCAGUCCUGCAGUCAUCAAGGAUUAUGAAUCCAAGCUCCUUUAGCACAAAUUCACUUUACCAUGGACACCUACAGAAAACAGCUCUGACACCCAGAGAUGUUUCCAGGUAGAAAUCAACAGUUUUCUCUGACCAAAAUGAUCAAAUUCAAGGCAAGCACAUUGUUGCCAUUACCCAAACAACUUUCACUCACUAUCUCUUUCCUACAGCAGACAAGCAUGGAUGAGAACAACAUUAUGCUGAAUCAAAGACAGACAAAAGAAAGAUUUCCUCACUGCUGUCAUUCUUUGCCCUAUUUUAUAUUUUGUUUUAUUAUGUCCCAGUCAUUUGCUUCAAACAGACUGGCUAACAAAGCCCAGCUCAGAGUGAGGGCAGUGCUGAAGCCUGGUGAAGGAGUUCAUGUCAUGCCGCGGAGGCUGUGUUGCCAUCCCCAGGCAGAACACUUUGAGCACACAGAUACGCUGAGCCAGGUCCAAGAACCUUUUAUACCUUUUGGAGGUUGUGGACUCCUGAAAGAAGUUAGGCAUCUGGUGACUUUGCUGGUCUGAUCUUCAGCUUGACCUUUGGAGACUGGAUUUGUACUCUUCUUUUCAACCAUUACUGAGGCUGAAGAUUAAAAUUAUUAUAGUAACAGUGUAAUAUUCAAGACAAAUGGUAUCUAUCUUUUCUGAGUUUGACACCGCACUAAUUGCUGUCAUUUAACUUCAUCUCUUCCCAUUCAGGAUGCCAAAUUAAAUUUUGCAUUUGGUUUUGCCAAAGAUCAGUUUGAGCUCUUGCUGAUACCAACUCUUUUGAAUUUUGACUUUGAUCAGAGGUUAAUGUGUUUGGAAUAAACAGUUGUCACCAGCCUACAGUUUCCAGAUCUUUCAACAAAGCAGUUAUUUGUACUGAUAACAUGUAGAAGUUUUUGUCUGAUGUCUGUCAAAGUAGUUUGGGUGUAAGCCAUAUCCAUAGCAUGACUGUCAUAUCAUCUUUCCCAACACUUUUCCCCAAAAUUGGCAGCUGUUCUGCCUACAUCACAGAAUGGGCAGGCACUGAACUGCCUUGUCAGUGUGGAGUAAAUGAGCACAAACUUUCCUCAAGCUUGUAAAUAUUAAAUCGUUAAUAAGCAAUAACAUUAAGCAAUGUGAGAGGGAAAUGACAGUGGCAGUCUUCUUCACUCAUGAGCAGAAGUGAUGUAAGGUGGUGAGCCCAGAUUGGCAGGUGGGAAAUGCUCCAGAGCAAGGCAUAGCAUGGUGUCCAUGCUGCCCCAGCAUGUAUGGCGUGAGCCUGGCAAAAGCCUCUGGAGAGUCACCCUGGGAUACCUGGGGCACAGCAGCACCUUGAGGCUGGGAGGGCAUCAAAAAAAGGCUGCAGAGGAGCAGGGAGAUGGACCUGAACUGUCCUUGAGUGAAAGGUUAACUGAAUCCAGUUUAACCUGUUAUGAUGUUGAUGCACAUGUCAGAUACAAAGAUUUCACUGCAAAGAGAUUCUCUGCUCCCCUGAGAACACAAAGACAAGAAAAUUUCUUUCCUUCAUUUUUGUAUAGUAUGUCAGCAAUACUUACAAGUAACAGUGCAACAACUUAUUCUAAUUGAAACAGAUGUAAAGACCUCAGCACAAAUCAGGACAUAACACAUCAUCAGUCAGCUCUUAGCAAGAUAAGAGUCAUUUACUUGAUAUGACCAACUGAUUUUUUCUCUCUUAAAAGUUAUUGUUUGCAAUAUUGCUGGAGUAUGGGGCUGGUAAAACCAAAGGAUGAGUACUAAAACAUGACGUUUGACUUCUGAAUGGUAUAUCUUUUUUUCUAAGAUUCAUGAAAACUUCAGAAUUCAUGUCAAAGCAAUAAGAUUUCAAGCCAAGGAAAUUGUUUUUUUCCAGCAAUUACAUUUUUCCUAGUUUAAAAAGCAUGUAAACACUAUUAGUUUCCUAUUUACGACACAUGAUUCUGUACUCUUUUAAACAUGUAAUUAUUGUAUAUUGUAACUGCACAUUAAUAUCAUCUAUUGUACAUAGUUUUAUUUUAACAAAAUAAAUGUAUUACUAAGUAUUUUGACAGCA